AUGCGCCGAGGCUUUGACCAGCCCACAUCAAGCUCUGCAUCCCGCUCCAGCGGCACGGCUUCCCGCGAGCACACGCAGCGCACGAGACAGGGCCGCAACGACGCCCCUGUGCAAGCAGAUUCCAUCUCAGCUCGAUGCAAGUCGUCGAACCAGCCGAGAUUAGUUCUGCCGCAGCAGCCAAGCGACUUCCAACUUGCUUCAUCCGGACGCAAGUCGCCAGCAUAUCUUGAAGGCAAGAAUCCCUAUGGCCAGAUCCUGGACAAUGUCGAACACCCUUACAGAAGGCCGAAGACAACGGGAGGCGCGCCCUCCCAGAUCGGUGCCACCUCUGAGGAUCGGCCACGAACCGCAGGUUCCUUCCAGUUCAGGACGCGCCCUGAAUCAAAAGCUGAGCCUGAGCGAGAGGUCAAUGCGCAGGAUCCUUCAUCACCACCACCACCUCCAAAGACGCCCGCGAAAGCGAUCUCGGUACGGGCCACCAAGGAUUUCUUUGAGAGUAAAGCAUCACAGAGCGGAUCAGCUCUUCCUUUCCCGCCUCCACGAGUUUCCGCUACAGCCAAGGGCGCGGUCCCUAGGAGCGCUGUGAGCGAGAAGCAAGGACCCUCGCUCUCUCGCCGCUGUUUGAAGGAUGAAGCCAGCCGACCACGCAUCCCCAGUCAAGCAUCAUGCAUUGCCAUACGAUCAGGUUUUGAUCUGGAGCCUUCCAUGCCACCUCCACCUACAGGUCUGUCCUCUCAAACUGAUCCAUGCCAGCGAACAAAUCCCUUCAUUCGCCCGAAAAGCGAUCCUCUGGCACCCAAGAUGGUCCCCUGCAAGGCUACGAUACAUCGAGAAGCUCCUGUGUAUGACGACCCCUCAGCGUCGGAUUCAUCCGAGUCAAGACAUGGAAGAAGAAAGUCUACGAACAUCUUCGAGAUCGCCCCUCAAGAUGCGAAGCCUUUGGGCUAUGAGCGACGAGCUGUUGAAGAUAGCUCAGCGCUGGAUGCAGCCUCAAAUGCGCCGCUCAUUGCGAUUGAGCAUGUGAACAGAAUAGACGAUCGCCACACCUGCGACGAAACAGCGCGACUGAAGAAGCACCACUAUCCCGCGCGCAAGCUCGGCGUACGAACUCUGGUCGCCAUGUUCGAAGGACUUUCGAGAGCGACACCAGACUCCAAGCGAAGCGAGUACGGAGACGCAAAUCUCGCACUGCCCCUCUGA